AUGUCAUUUUAUUAUUACAUAUAUGAAUGCCGCUUCUCAAAGGAGAACAGUUUUGGAAUGAUACAAUGCCGGACUCCCCCUUUGAAAGGGAUGGGGACAUCUUGUGCAGGUGCUAGAAUUAAACGCCAAGCUCAUAAUUCCAUUUCUGUCGGAUUUAAAAUGGACAACGUGACAUCAGUGCAGGAUACUGGUCUUGGUCUUGAAUAUGUGGAUAACCCUGUUUACAACAACCUGUCUGAGAGAACACCAUUCAAGGCAGAGAAACUUCUGUACAUAACGGGGAAGAAUUUAACUGCAGCAGCUACAAUAAAGGAUAUAAAGGUGUACGUGUGCAACAGCUCCUGUAUGAUAACAAAUUUGAAUGACACAAACUUGAUGUGCACAUUGCCAAAGGUUGCACAUGGUUGUGCAGAAGAGGAAUUGCCUAUUAAGGUCAUUGUUGGCUAUGCCGAAUACAAUAUUGGUUCCUUGCAACCGGAUAUAAAUACAAUCUUGGAAUACAUCCUCCCAUCAGCCAUAAUCAGUGCAAUACUCUUAGUGCUGCUGAUUGUUAUUACCCUGAAAUUCAGACGUCACAAACAAAAGCGCCAGAGGGACAUGGAGCGUAUACAGAACCAAUAUGAGCUGUUGGAACGCAAUGUUCGCCAGGAAGCUCGGCAAGAAUUUGCUGAUCUGCAGCAGGACAUCAAACUUGUUACAUCAGAUGUAAUAAGACAUGGCGUGCCAUAUAAGGAACUUUCGCAUUACACUUACGCCAUGCUCUUUCCUGCAGAUAUCAUGUCAGAAAACUUCUUAUUAAAUCACUCACAGACAGGAUGGGUAGAUGAAAAUUUUAACCAGAAUACUCUGAAGAUGUUGGACUCUCUUGUUGGCAAUAAGUUCUUCCUGUUGACUUGUCUUCGUGCUUUGGAAACGGAGAAGAAGAUGACAGCCAGAGACAAGUCUUACCUGGCCAAUAUUGUGACAGUUAUUUUACUGGACAAACUGGAUUACCUGAUGCAAAUAUGGAUGGAGCUAUUUAAGGAGCAUGUGUCUCGAGCAGUUGAGAGAAAACAGCAGAAACAGAUCAUGAGAAGGAAUGAAACUAUUGUAGAAAAGAUGAUCAGCAACUGGCUUUCUCUGUGCAUGUAUGAUAAUAUGAAGAACCAUACAGGGUCAAGUUUAUACAUGUUGUACAAAGCAACAGAGAUGUUAACAGAUUAUGGGCCUGUGGAUGCUGUGACUGGAGAGGCACACUACACCUUGUCUGAGGAGAGGCUGCUCAAAGAAACCAUUCGUAAUGAACAACUGACCAUUACAGUGGAUGUGAGUGGAAAUGAAUAUUCCUGUAAAGUGUUGGAUUGUGAUGCAAUUAGUCAAGUGAAACAGAAGUGUCUAAACCAGAUUUAUACAAGUGCCCCGGUGUCAGAACGUCCUCGGGAAGAGCAGGUGGAUCUGGAAUGGCACUCCGGAAAGAAUGGCAGACUUAUUUUGAACAACUUUGACAAUACAACUGAGGCUGACGGGGAGUGGCGCAGAAUAAAUACUCUAAAACAUUUCAAUGUCAAAGAUGGAUCAAAGAUGGCCCUACUGAGCAAAGAGGAUGAAGGAAUUGAGACUGACAGUCCCUAUGGAAACAUAGGUUGCUCGUCAGCAAGUCUAAUAUCUACAAAUGAUAUUAAUGUGGAUGAGGACUCCAGAAUCUGGCAUCUGGUGAGAACAGAAGAUAACAACGAUGACAGUAAGCAAUGUGUGAUAAGUGAGAUAUACUUAACCAGACUAAUGUCAACUAAGGUUCCACUGUUGACUUUCCUAGAUCAUUUUGUGGAGACUGUAUUUAGUCAAUCCAGUGUACCAGUGGCAGUUAAAUUUUUGUUUGACUACUUUGAUCAACUGGCUUCAGACAAUGGAUUAAAUGACUCUGACGUCUGUCACAUCUGGAAGAGCAAUACUUUGCCUAUUCGGUACUGGGGUAAACUGCUGAAGGCUCCUCACCAUGCCUUUGAUGUGUGCAAGCCUGAUCUCUCUGAGCCCAGUUUAGAGGUUUUGGCUCAGUGUUUCAUAGACAGCUGUUCUCUCACAGAACUGCGUAUGGGCAAGGACUCCCCAGCUAGCAAACUGCUUUUCAGUAAGGAUGUGAUCCGUUACAGACAAAGUGUGUCUACUUUCUAUGACCGUGUGGAAGACAGCUCUGCUGUGUCAGAGCAGGAUAUCACUGAAGAGCUGUCCAAUUUGUCCAUGGCCUUACAUGCAAACAACCUCUUCAGCAAAACAGCGGCUUUCUAUGAACUGUCAAAAGUGGUGAAGUCUCACGAGUGUAAAAUUAUAGAAGCUUUGGAGGAAAACCCAGAGGCAAAAAAACUUCAGCUAGGACACAAGUUGGAAGAAUUCCUGGAGACGAUGACAGCAUGAUGCUGAGCAAGGGUUAUUUUUCAACGUCAACUUUGAUAUAUUAAAGCACUUAGUGCAUUGUCUUGGAUUUAAUGUAAUUACAUGAAGUAUGAGGGUAGAGAAAUUGGAGAAAGUUUUGAUUUUUUUAUGUUUCAUUUGUUUUGUCUCAUAUUUGAACUAUUGAUUCAUAUAUAUUCUUGGUAAAGUAUAAAGUAUUAUAUUUUUCAGAACAUUAUUUUUGCUCAAGCUGUUAUUGGUCAUUUUAGAGUAUGUUUAUGCCUUGUAUGAUUGUAUGAUGUCUAGUUUUUGGGUCACUUUAAUUUGUCUGCCGGUGUAUGAAUAUAAAUACAUGUAUGUGUACAUUUGUUUUGGAGGGGGCGUGGGGUGGUCUUCUACCACAGCCUGUGUUUUUUGUGUUGUAUUUUUCACCUAAUAUAUGUGUAUCUCACCUAUCUUAAUCUUGAUGCGGCAUAAUUUAAUGAAAAUGAACAUUCCAGUGAUUGUUUUCUUCAAGGUUUAACAUUAUGCCUUUUACAAUCACAUUAUAUGGUGCAUGUGUGAUUUGUUUUGAGUUUAUGUGGAUUGUACCAAUUAGUAAUAUUGUAAAUGGCCACUAAGGUCGUUCAUUUCAUUUGUGUUGCCCAGUUGUCGUGUAUUGAGAGUUGUAGAGAGUUUCAGGGGUGUUGUAUGGUUUACUACUAGUUGGAGUUGAGUCAAAUUUAUUCUUAUUAUCACAUAUGUUUUUGUUUAAGUGGUAAACAUUUUCUAUAUAACAAAGUUUUUUCAAGGAGGCACCUUAGGCUCUGAUCAGCAAAGUGGUUGCCGUGUUAACUGCAAUGAUUAUAAUGUCACUCUGUGUGUCAGGGCAUAAGUUGAAGAAAUCUUUCGGGUAUUUCUUGCUUUCACGAAUUUGGACACUUUGAUACAUGGUCAUCCAGAGUGCUAUUUUGUGUGAAUUAUUCCAUAUACCUAUCUUUUGUUUUCAUUUUUCGUCAGUGCUUAAAGGUGAACACAAGACAGGAAUAUUUGAUUAUUUUACAUUGCAAUUACAUUAGAUUUAAAUGUUUUUUAUUCCUUACAAAACCUACAAAGCAUUACAGACAUAUUAGAUGUUAAAUGAUCAGAUUUAUGUUUUCAGGCAUAGUGUAUAUCUUUGAAUACAUUAUACCAUUGAUACAACACACGUCUUAGUUCUGCCUAUUGGUGUCAUUGUUUUGGUUGCAUUUUUUAUGUGAACGUGAUAAAAUGAGUUUUUGGCAUGCUUUCAUUUGAUUUCUUGAUCAGUGUUCCUCGCAUUACUAACAGGGAUAAUUUGUAAUUGCUAUACUGAAAAAGAACUCAAAUCUUGCUCUUGAUCAUGUCAAAAACACUUAUCGCUUCAGUUUUAGAGCUUGUAUACAAUCGAACUAUGAUUAUUAUAAUACAUUAGGUAUAUAUUAUAUAUAUAAGAAAAAUUGAUAGGUUAGGACCACUCGUGGCACUGUUUUGGGGGGUAGACUACAUGCAGUAUGGUACUGUAUUUCAUAGAACUGGAGAUAAGGAUAUGCGUAAUUUGUAUGGCAUUAAGUAGCUUUUAGGCUAUCUCCUACCAACUAAUUGGUGGCAUUUUUCAUUGCUUUAAAGGUAGACUGAAUGACGCAUGCAGGAUGAAAUUGUAUGGCAUAUAGUACUGAAAAGAACGAUAUACACUGUAUAUAAGCUGUAUGAGACCAAUGCCAAUCGGAUUAAGAACUGUUACGACAACCCCCUACCCCUCUGGAGUCCUAAUCUAGAUUUAGUUUUUAUCAGUAUAAUCCUUUUGAUUUAAACAAUGUACAUCUUCUGACAUUAUGCACUCACGUACAGAGUACAAAUCUAGAGCACCAUAUAAAAGGAUGACUUUCUUUAUAUUUCAUUUGAAGCAAAAUUCGUCAUGGAUGCGUUAAUUGAGAACUCGCUCCAUUCGGCCAACGCUUAUAUACUUGAAGGCUGUUCACCUCCAGGGUUUUAAGUCCAGUUUCCGGUAUACGCGCGACCGCCCCCACGCGGAAACUCACUAGAACCUGAAUCCGUUAUAGGUCCUAUGAGAUUGGAAUGAUAUGUGUUGAAUUGAAAUAUCUGGAGUUAUAGCACAGAGACAUUUCCUAGAUGUGGCAUUUUCGGUUAUAAGCCUGCAAAUAGGGCCUAGAUUGUGUAUUGUUAAUUUGUAUGAAGUUUGGUUACACGUGUUCAUGCCCUGCUAACGCACGAUGGCGUCUAAACCUCGGAAUCGUCUGCAUGAUGAAUGUUUUUGGCCAGAUCUCUCCGGUUUCCCCACACGUGUUAAACCCAUUAGAUAGCCAUAACCAAAAUGAGUAGAGUAGUUCAACACAAUUUAUAACCUAUAGAACCUGUGUCCGGUUGUUCAAAAGUAUAUUAGCAGUUUAGAUCGGUAUGCGAUUGUGUGUUAAAUGUGAUGGCAACACAUCUCUUUUUCCGUAAUUCUCCAUCAGUGACGUCUAAUAAAUUGCUGUAUGUGGGAAGGUCCUUCAGCGACCUGCAGAUGUAUAAGUGAAAUGUUCAUGAGUACGGCGUAAAACAC